GUCCGAGUCAAAGGCGCCAUUCUUACCUAAUUUGGAAGCUGCUGGCUGAGUACAUCUUUAUGAAUCGAACAACGUGUUCCAUGGAACGCUGAACCCACUGGAACGUUCAGACAAACGGUCACAGAUUGCUUCCUACAGAUGGUAGAGUUUGAAAUGAACCUUUCCUGGGUCACCACUAAACGAGCCUCACCCGAGAUGGCAGACAAUCUAUCGAGAGGGUUCCGGGCCCAGAUAACCACAGCUAUGGACGCCGUCCUCAGAACCGCCGUGUUGGGGAUAACUGAGAUAUUUGACCAAUGCGUGCAUGGCUACUGCAUGGAGCUGGCGGAGAAAGGUGAAGUGAUAGCUCGGUUAGAAAUGAAGUUACAGAAAACUGAGCUCUUGCUGAAGCAACAUACAGGUGAAUGUGACGCAAUACCAGCGUGGAAUGAAACCAAGUGCGACGAGAGAGAGACGAGAGAGGGUGAAGACCUCUUGAUGAUUUCUUCCAGCCGAACAUCGCCUAAGAGGAGAUUUGAAGUACCCCCUGAGUGUAGCUCUGAGAGCGUGACCAAAGGCUACAGUGAGUUUUGCCCCGGCAUUAGAUUGCGCCAAAUAUCCAUUCCACUGCAGCAUUGCUCAGUCCUCAAAAAGUGGGAGAGCCACCAGCAUUCAAAGGGCGGAACAAAAAAAGGUUCCUCUCCAAGUAAGAGUAAAAAAAAACCAAAGGAUACAAGUAUUCCCAAACAUCCACUAAGAUGUCAUUUACCCACAAGAAAUUACAUGAAGAGGUUGCUCCAAGAUCACAAGGAGGAAAAUUUGGAACGACCAGUCACAGCAGCUCGUCGAAGAAGUCAGAGACAUCUAGCGGGAGAAGAGCAGCAGCAACUUAUGGAGGACAAAACACAGGGACAAAAGCCAUCUGUAGUGCAGGUGAAAGGUGGUAAAAAAACAUACUUUUGCAAGCUCUGUCACAAGGCGUUUAAUAACCCGGUUACCCGAAAUGUACACAUAAGAUUGCACAAGAGGUGCCAAGGUUGCAAAAGAUACUUCGCCGUGCCAAGCGCUCUAAAAAAUCAUCAACAAUUGUGCCCAAAACUUAAAUCACGGGAAGCAGCACCAUCAGCUCAAGUUUCCCAGCCUGAUUGUAAACCGCGAGAAAAAUCUUGCAGAAAAAAACAGGUGAAGCCACCUUCUGAUCCUCACAGGAAAGCCCAGAAUGGAGCGAUCCAAAGCUUCUCCUGCAUGCACUGCAACGAUAAGUUUAUCGAAAUGAGCAAGCUUGAAGCGCACAAGAGCAUUCACAGAGAUCAAAAGCAGUUUCAGUGCAGCUUGUGUUCAAAGCGAUUCUGCUACAAGAAGGCUCUCGAAACACACAUCGUGAAAUGGCAUCUGAAUGUUAUCAAGUCUGAAGAGGACUUCAAGUGGAUGGCACCAAUCGAGGACCCGGAGGAGUUCACAGAAUCAGGCGAAGGGCCAAGGGAAGGAGAAAAUUGUAAUUCCGCUCUGAAAAAAGUCAAAACCAAAUUGAGAUGGCAAGAGAUGAGCGAGCGCUCUGCCGAUGGAUUCACCUGCUUGCUCUGCAAGAAGCGCGUGAGGUCCAGAUUUUUGUUGAUUGAGCAUGUUCGCAUCCACACGGGAGAGAGGCCCCUCCUGUGCCAGAAGUGUCCCAUGACUUUCCGCACCUGCAUGCAGUUAUACAGGCAUAAGAAAAAGAAGCACGCUCCCCUAAAGUAACAGCGUGCAGCCAUGCGGGGAGAACUAGAAUCGUCAGAGAGUUGAAUAUGCACGACUAUCGCAAGGUGUGGGCAAAUCUCUGCGAGUUUUUUUUUUUUUUUUUUUUUUUUAAGUAUUCCACACACUAGUAUUAUAUACUACACACAAUAGACUAUAUUAGCAUUCCUCUUUGUUUUUGAAGUUUGAAUUAUUUGUGCAUAAAACACAUUUGUUUGAAGGUUUUAGUUUCUAUUUUUGAUAGACUUAAAUAAAAGCAUUGAAGUCAUAAGCAGUGUUGUCACCUGUAAAUGAACAGUAAUUACAGUAAGCAGUUACUCGACUUCAUUGCUGUCAGGACCACGUUUUCGGAAAGCUAAAUACCCCGGACUACUUCUUUCACUAUUAGUUUUAUUUAUAUCAAUUUUGAGGCUCAGACAGAUCUUAAUUUUUUUACGUCACCAAAUGGCUAAUAUAGUCAUGAAGUCAAACACAAGCAGUAUCUUUACACUGGUCAAAGAUUCUGUAGGACAAGUGCACCCUGCUGUUUUAAUGACAUACUGACAUACUGUACUGCUAAAAUGCUAGUCAAAGAUCCUCUAUAUCGCAAGAUGAUCUGCUAACCUACUGUAGUUAUGUUAGUGGUCCCAAGUUUUGUACUGCUGGCCAGUUUGAUGUCUGUGUUCUGACAGUUGCAGAUUAAAAAAAACACGUUUUUUUUUAAAUAUAUUUUUAUUAAUCAUAUGUUCCAUAUUCUAAAAUAAUACCGUUUCAGUUCAGAAGCACGCAUUUUUACAAAUAACUUAAUACGCAGUGUCAUGCUCAGUUAAUACGAAAGGAGAAGAGUCAUUUUUAACACUGAGGUGUUACCUGUAUUCUCGCGAGAUGAUCCAACCUGCUCGUAGUGUUGGAAAUUCCGUCUCUUUUUAGAGAGUCGGUUCUUUUGACUCGGCUCACUAAAAGGAGCGGCUCUGCGGGUCCCACGUGGCUCCCCAGAUUUUUUUGCGGUCUUAAGUUAUUACUAAUUACUUAUGUAAAAAAAAAAAAAAAAAUCAAAUGUUUAUUUAAAUAAUUUAUUUAAAUCCUCCAUGAACAGCUACAAAAAUAUAUAAUAAUAAUAAUACAAAGACAAAGCCCCAUCUCAAUAAACAAGGUCAAAUCUCUGCAAAUUUCAAACUAUUCCCAAUCAAUACAACAUCAGCAAAACAUAAAUGAAAAUGUGCGAAACAAAAAUAAAAAGCAGCAUCCAGGCAACAAUUGUGUUUUUACCGAAGAUUCAAUUCCAUUUAAAAACUGUGUGCUGUGUGUUUAACCCCGCCCCUCUGCUCAGUAUGGACACAGAGACGCUGCCACACAUUUAGACCGAUGACAUUCUCCUUUUUACAGACAAAAAGACGAGGGGAAAAAAACAAUUGGCUCUUAAUUGGCUCCCAACGACGCGAGCUGGCUACUGCCAUUCAUCUGAAAAAGCCGGCCCUUAAAGCCGAUUCGUUCGCGACCGACACUUUCUAGCUUGACUGACAGCCGCUAGCUGCAUCCUCCCACCUACGUCACAGCCAAGUAGGCGGACUGUCACUUUGGGUACAGAGGGGCGAUAAAUGGUAAUCUAACGCGGCUAGGCAUGACUGACACAUAUACUAAUUUACUUUUAGUACAAGCACGGGUAUAUAUAAUUUAACAGCAUACACUUUAUUAGGUUCCCUUGUUUACAUGUUAGCCGGACGCUAGCAUGUUGUCUUUUUAGUGUCACAGGUUAGAAGUUGUACGUGUGGGGUGAAAUGCCCUUCAAGACAACAUAUAACUGAAGAUAUAAACUUACAAGCGUAUAGUCAAAAACGGGUUUACCCAAAUCAGAAAAGGGUGUAAAAUGCCAUAGCUUAGUUUGUCAACGUCUCGUCCCAGCUUGUCAAUCAACAGCAGAACCGUUACAAGAACUGAGAA